UGCCUGCCACGGCAGCUGCUCUUCUGAAGCCAGAAGGGAUGGAGACCCUGCGGAGAAGCCUUUCCCGCUGGAAGAGAUAUCACAUCAAAGUCCACCUGGCUGAGGACGACGUGCUGCUCCCCCUGACAGUGCGGCCCACCGACAACAUGAUGGACCUGCGGGCUCAUCUGGUGAGGGAGGGCGUCACCUCAUGGAAAAAAACCUUUUAUUACAAUGCCCGGCAGCUGGGGGAGCAUGAGACGGUGAAGGAGGCCAAAAUCCAGAACGGGUCUGUUCUCCUGCUUGUCAGCGACGAAAGAUGAUUUUCUGGUGAGCAGAGCCAAGGAAGGACAUGAGAGAUGAACGGAGGUGAUGAAGGUUGAGGGGAUGCAGAUGGGCAGGUUGGCAGCUGCAGCCUCACUCAGUGCCCAUCUAUUGGCAAGCUCUUUGCUGAGUACCAGCUUGGAAAGACAGAUGCAGGCAGUGAGUGCUUUUUCCGCCAUAUUUUGGAGCAGCUGGGAUCAGUGAGGAGCUGAAAGGGAAAUGGAGAUGGUGUCACUCUGAGUCCUGAUGGUAUGGAUUUGAAUGGGAGCUGUUCACAGGAGAAGACUCAGGGCUGUCCCGCCCUCGAUAACGGCAGCACAGCAUCAAUAGACUGCUUUCAGUGUUUCAAAGUUAAUCACCGUGGCAUGAUCCAUACAACAGCCCUGUAAGGUGAAGCUUUCCUUAGGAGCCUAAGGAACCGCCCGGUAUGGUGCCAUCCUUUAGAAGGAAGAUUUUAUCUCUCAUGUAGGGGAAAAAAAACAUUCCAACACCCCAAAUCUCUUAAGAAACAUUUGAAGGUCUUGGGCGAGGAGGAAGUUGGCUGCCGUGUGCGUGCCUCUGGUCCACAUUUCAUACCAGCUUUGUCAUGCAAAUGGGGUGUGGAUAGAUGUUUUACCUGGAAAAGAUUCUCCAAGAGUUCCGUUCCUGCUACUGCCAUUUGAAAAUAUCUUCCCCUUGCAGUCACACCUUAUGUCUCCAUUAUUUUUUUAAAAAAACCUCUGCCUUCUUGUUCAAAGAUAAAAACAAGUCUAGACAGGACGGUUUUGCCCAAGUGCUUGCUCAAAAAGAGGGAUUUCAGGCUAGAGGGGUGUAAUCAGAAGGGCGGGGUGGAGGGUUUCGGUCUUCUGCACUGAGAGCUGGUUUCGUUAACUUUUGUCAUAUUCUUUUUCUUUUUAAAGAACUGAAUCCAUGCGGCAAUAACAGACGUUGCUCUUAGACUCUAAUUUUACUUAGUCUUUCCCCUGUUCAAAUUCUUUUCUCUUGGUCUUAGGCUAAGGAGGAGUUUGAAUUUCUCAUCCCUGCCAUUUGGAUCUGAAAAUGUUCCCUUUCAGUUUUGCUUUGAGCCUGUAAUUCUACAUUUUUGUACUGCUCUCUUUUUCCUCGCAACCAUUUUUCCACCUGCCAAAUGUCUGCAUUUUUUAUUGUUACUUGUGUGUCAAUAAAUCAGGAUUACAACUCUUA